AUCAUGGCAGCUCUGUAGAGCUUGCAGAGAGGCAGUCGGAUUUAUUAAGAGCAUUAUACUAUACAAAGGAAGAUUUGUUGGUGGGAUGUCCAGUAGUAAAAGACUUCCAUGUCAGAAAGAAGCAUGUGCUAUUCAAAAAUGUCUUCAAGGUAAACAAACUCUCGAAUUUUGUCUUUUGUCAUAUCAAUCGAUCGAGUUGCACGAGGAAAAAAUGUCAAAAAAAUUCAAAGUUAAUUUUUUCAUUAACCUUAUUAAACUUAAGCUUAUCUUAAUGUCAAUUUUAUUCUGGCCUGAAACUCAAAUUUUUGAAAUUGUUGAUUUUGUGGACCAAAAAAAUUCUUAUAUCGGAACAGCAUGUCAGGUAAUGCUGGCUAGUGGCAAUGUUGCAGUUUGUUGCAGGCAAGUUGGCAGCAGCAGGCUUUAUCUAGGGUCCUGUUUAUACUAAUGGGUUUGCCAAGACUUCUAUUUUCGUGUUACAGGGGAAAUAAUGUUUUUCAAACAAUUUUCAAUGGCCCAUACCAAACCAUCUAAAAAGCAUUUCUUGCAAUGCAAUUCCCUUUAUACUCCACUCAGUAUGAACAAAAAGUGAUUUAUAUCCCUACCCACCCAAUGGAGGGUUGUUGGAAAUUCUGUUGGAAUUUCUAACGGAAGGUAUGAACCUAAACUGGAAUGUCCAGUGGGGAGACGGGGUUCAAACAAAGAGAAUCCUUUAUGGGGUUGGGGAGGCGGGUGUGUGGAUAUUUUCUGGAUCAGUAUGUUUCCCAUUCUUUUAUGUCCAAGAAAUGGAGAUAGCAGCCCCCUAAAUACAACAAUCGGUACAGUUUGAACUCUUCUUAACAAACUAAAUCAUGAUACAACUCACGUGAUACAACUGACAUGAUACAACUCACUUUGACUCUGAAGAUGACUACCGCACAGGUUGUCGAAACGUCAGUCACUGUCAACAACAACAGUCCUAUUCAGGACUACGUUCACCCAAACGAUCAAACUCAACCUUUUGAAAUGACUCCUGGGUUCAAACCUUUCACAGACUAAACAAUAAUAAUUUGAAUCAAAUGUGUCUCUUUAACCUUGACUACUAGAGUACAACUAUCAAGAAGAUAGAUGCCAGCAGGUGAUUGAGACAAUGAAAAAGUGCUGUUCCAGGAAUUCAGCGAUUAACACUGAACUGUGCUUGGGCUUCAAAACAGAGCUUGAAGAACGAAAACUGGUGGCAGCCAACAAGAAAACUUAGAAACUUGCAUUUCUAUGUUUCUCUUUGUAUUCAGACUAUACAGAUGAGCAAACCAAGGAGAAGUAUAAGGACAGAUUUGCCAUUCAGAGUCAUUGGCAGAUCCAGAC